GGAAUCCUCAAAGUCACUCUUUCACCCUGUGCUGACGGCAGCCCUGGGGAAUAUGACAGUUUUAUUGGUUUUUCUGCUACCGACACAAUCUGGACAUGCAUCAGAAUCAUCUGAAGGGGGUGCAGACAUCCACUUCGGUGAAGAGACAGGUAUUGAUCAGUGUCCAGAAGGAAAGUACUUCUCUCACCGGCUUUGUUUAGAGUGUCCUUCCGGUCAAUAUUGUCCUGGAAAUGUAUCUGCACCUCGUAGAUGUCCAGCAGGAACAUUCAACCUUUAUACAAGCAAAAGCAGUAUUAGUGACUGCAAGCCUUGUUUUCCAGGUCUGAUCAGUUCAGAGGACAGGGUGGACUGUAGGCUGUGUCCUGCAGGUUUUUCAUGUAAUCCAGCCAAUGGGACGCUCUCUUUAUGUCCACCAGGACAACAUUCUCCUGAAGGAGUUUUACAGUGUCUGACCUGCCCUGUAGAUUCUGUAUGCACCUUUGGAUUUCCAUUUAAGUGUGGGCCUGGCAUGGAACCCAGCGCAGAUCACACUGUUUGUAAUGACUGUCUCCCAGGCUUAUACUCAACUGUGUGCACAAUCCAGUGUCUGCAGUGUCCAGCAGGAAGUCACUGUCCAGAUAGUGGAAUGUCUCAGCCACUCCCCUGUCCUCCUGGUUGGUCUUCCACACCCGGACAGACCUCCUGCAGUAGCUGUAAUGAUUCAUCUUUGCUGUGUGGAGGCGCUAUGGCUACCCGUUUGAGCCAGCCAGUCCACAGGUCCAGCCAAACAAUCACAUGUCGACCAGGAACAUACAAAGACACGAGGGAAGAGUUAACAUGUGUGGUCUGUCCAGUAGGUCAUUACUGUGUAGGAGGUUUAGCUGUACCCUGUCCUGCAGGGACUUAUGGCCCUAAAGAAGGUCUGCAGAGGCUGAGAGAUUGCACAGUCUGUCCUGCAGGGUUUUACUGUCUGGAAGGCAGCACACAGAGACCCACCUCCCAGUUCCUGUGCCCACAGGGCUAUUACUGUGAGGAGGGCACUGCUACGCCUCAUGGGUCACCUUGCCCUGCUGGUACAGCUGGGGAACAACUGGGUCAGACAAGUAGGGCAGCCUGUAAGAGAUGUAGAGAAGGACGCUUCUGUCCUGCAGGUUCAUCCGGGCCUGGCUUGCCUUGUGCUCGGGGGAGAUACUGUCCUGCUGGCUUAGAAGAAGAAGUGAUGUGUCCUCGAGGCACCUUCACCCCUCAUCAAGGAGCAAUAAGUGUGAAGGACUGUCUCAAAUGCCCGGCUGGUUUUUACUGUCCUGAGGGGACAAGCAACCCUGUUCCCUGUCCACCAGGCUCUUUUAACCCCUUGGAGGGUCAGGAUGAGCUGGCUGAUUGCAGGGAGUGCUAUGCAGGGAAGGCCUGCACACAGGUAGCUCUGAGAGCCCCUGAUGUGGACUGCAUGCAAGGAUUUGUGUGUCCUCCUGGUUCCUCCAAACCCAACGCGCCAACGAAUGCCUGCCCACCAGGGACGCUGAGCAAUCGCACUGAUCUCACUGAUCGCUCACAGUGUCAGCAGUGCCCAGCACGAUAUGCAUGUCUUCGAGGUACUGGUGGUAUCCAGAGACCACCUCUCUUCUGCUUUGCAGGGCAUUAUUGUCCCACUGGGACCAUGUUUCCCACUCAGUACAAAUGUCCUGUGGGAACAUGGAGUGGUCAGAGUGGACUGGAAGCUGAAAGGGAGUGCCAGCCAUGCCCACAGGGCUGGUACUGCUUAGCCGGUUCUGGAUCUCCGUCAGGUCGAUGCAGCUCGGGACACUACUGUCCUGAAGGGACUGCAUAUGGCACCCAGUUUCCUUGCCCCGCUGGCACCUACAGCAUCCACAUGGGCAACAGACACAGAGAAGACUGCCUGAAUUGUCCUGAAGGCUCAUACUGUCAACAAGGCACCUCUAAACCUUCACCCUGCCCACCCUCUACAUUUCGCAGUCUGAAAGGAGGUCGAAGACAGGAGGACUGCUCUGCUUGCCCUGCUGGCUAUUUUUGUCCCCACUCAGCCACUGUCAACCCCAGAGUGUGUGGAGCUGGCAGCUACUCUGACGAGGGCUCUUUGGAGUGUUCUCCGUGCCUGCAGGGCCACUACUGCAGUAAUGAGACAACAAGUGAGGAAGCCAUGUUGAGCAUCAUGGUUUGCCCCCCAGGCUUUCUCUGCUCUCAGGGUUUGGCCAGAGACCCCCAGCGCUCAGCCACCCUCUGUCCUCGAGGCUUCUACUGCCCCGGAGGAGGCAUUGAUCCUAAUCCCGUUCCUUGCCCCAAUGGUACCUAUAGUGAAUUCCCUGGACUGCGUGAUGCCAGCGAGUGUGUCCAAUGUCCUGAAGGAAAGUACUGUUACUCCCAGCAUCCUCAGGAGCAGCCUAUUACCAGCCCUACAGGGUUGUGUCCUAAUGGGCACUACUGCCCCCCAGGGACUGGCCACCCUUACACCUUCCCGUGUCAGGCUGGCCAGUAUCGGAACAACACACUCGGUCACAGUGGAGAAGCGUGUGUUUUAUGUCCUUCCAGGCAUUACUGUGACAGCUUGGGAACUCCCAUGCCAUUAGUCUGUCAUCAGGGCUUUUACUGUCCAGAAGGCACUUCUACUCCCGAACCAUGUCCUGAAGGAACCUAUAGCUCCCGCUCAGCUCUCAGUGAUGAGUCUGAGUGCACCCCUUGUGGUGGAGGCCAGUACUGCACUGGUGUGGGACUCUCAGAGCCCUCUGGAAGCUGCAAAGAGCGCUUCUACUGCAGAGAGGGAGCCAAAUCUGCAACUCCUGCAGAUGGGCCGACAGGAGGUUUGUGUCCUGCAGGGAGUUACUGUCCUCUAGCUUCGUCCUCUCCCCUCCCCUGUCCCCCUGGCACAUUCAGCAAUAGCACUGGCCUCAGCAGCUCUGAGGAGUGUGUCAUCUGUCCACCAGGCCUUUACUGUUCAGGAUCCAACAACACCUCACCUUCAGGCCCUUGUUCUCCUGGUUUCUUCUGUGCUGGUGGCUCAGCUUCGCCUGUUCAGAAUGAAGCACGGGAGGGUUAUUACACCUCAGGGGGGGCAGCCAGGGCACAACCGUGUCCUUUGGGUACCUUUCAGUCGCGUCGAGGUGCACAGUCAUGUGUGGAGUGUCAGGGAGGCAGACUGUGUAACCAGACAGGCUUAUCCCAGUCACUGCUGUGUCCUACAGGACACUACUGUCCUCCAGGCUCCUCUGUUGCUCGACCCUGCCCUCCAGUCAGUAUCGGCUCCUACUCUGACCAGCCUGGUGGCGAUACUAUGCAACACUGUCAACCAUGUGAUGCUGGUUGGUUCUGCAGCAGAUCCGGUCUUUCUAAACCUCAAGGUUUCUGUAACCCAGGACACUACUGCACUUCUGGAGCCUCCACUGCGUCUCCAGUGGCCUUGGCCUCUGGCGGUGUGUGUUCUGCAGGCUACAUAUGUCCACGUGGGACCAUGUACCCUCAGCAGCACCCAUGCCCUGUGGGAACCUGGAGCAGCAUUUUGGGAGCCCAAAACCUGUCGUCCUGCUGGCCCUGCCCUCCAGGAAGCUACUGCAACAGUACUGGACUCAGCCAGCCCUCAGGAAUGUGUGAUCCAGGUUAUUACUGUUCUGGAGGGGCCGUGUCUUCAGUGCCCUCAGACGGUGUAACAGGGGACAUUUGUCCAGUUGGACAUUACUGUCCCAUGGGCUCAAGAACUCCUGUAGUGUGCCCUGAUGGGACGUACUCGAACACUACAGGGGCAGAAGUGUGUGAUGACUGUCCUGCAGGGACCUACUGUUUGUCAGGAGAAGGUGUCCAGACCUGUCCAGCAGGGCACUACUGUCUUGGUGGUGGUGUUGAGGGUAUCCUGCCCUGCCCUCCUGGCACAUACAGUCCUCAGUUUGGCCUCAGCCAAGUGGAGCAGUGCCUCAUUUGUCCAGCAGGGUUCUUCUGUGAGGACUGGGGCCAGUUUGAACCUACUGGACCCUGUCAAGCUGGGUACUACUGCAUAGCAGGUGUAAACUUUCCGAACCCAGAUGGUAACUUCAGCACAGGAGUGGGAGGAGCAUGUCCACAGGGGAAGUACUGUCCAGAGGGCACCAGUCUCCCACUGUCCUGUCCACCAGGAGCCUACUCUGACAGUCUUCAUCUAACAGACGCCUUUGGCUGUAGUCCAUGUCCAGCGGGUCACUUCUGUGGCACUGCAGGUCUCACUCGUCCAUCUGGACUGUGUCAGGCAGGAUUUUACUGUCCAGGGGGAGACACAGCAGCCACAGGGAGUGACUCAGAAGGAAGUCUUUGCCCACCAGCUCAUUACUGCCCUGAGGGUAGUGCGAGCCCAGUGCCCUGCCCAGCUGGGACCUACACCAACCUCACAGGCCAGUCGGUGUGUUCCCGCUGUCCUGCUGGUUACUACUGUGCAGAAAGGACCAGCAACUUCACCCAGUUCCCCUGUCCCCCUGGAUUCUACUGCCCUGAUGGCACAAGGCAUGCCACCCAGUUUCCCUGCCCUCGUGGAUACUACAACCCAGAGCCCAUGACUCAGAGUCUGGACAGCUGCCUGCCUUGUCCUCCAGGACACUACUGUGAGAAGGAGAGGCUGACCAAAGUGUCUGGAAAAUGCAAGGCUGGUUGGUUCUGUGUAUCAGCAGCAUGGACCUCCCAGCCUUUUGACCUGGACAAUUACACAAAUGCAAACUGUCUUUGUCCAGCUACCUCCACAGGGGGGCGCUGCCAGGUGGGCUUUUACUGCCCCUUAGGUAGCCUUGAACCCCUGCCUUGUCCACCUGGAGCCUUCUGUAACGUCUCAGGUUUGGCUCUGCCGAUGGGUCCCUGCUCACCCGGAUAUUACUGUUCAGGAGGAGCCACUGAGGCUAGACCAACAGAUGGAGAAACAGGCAACAUCUGUCCACCUGGGACAUACUGUACUGAGGGCUCAGGAGAGCCAGAGUUGUGUCCAGCUGGUACUUUCUCCCCUGUGCCAGGUCUGACUGGUGAGGCUGGCUGUCAGCCCUGCACCGCUGGUUUGUACUGCAGAGGAGCAGGUCUCAGGGCUCCAAGUGGAACCUGCAGCCUUGGCUAUUGGUGCCCUCCUGGUCAGACCGUGCCGACAGCUCUUCCAUGUCCUCCAGGUCACUUCUGCCCACAGGGUAGUGCAGCUCCAGAGCCCUGCCCAUCAGGAACUUAUCAAGACAGAGAGAAACAGGCAGCCUGCACUGUCUGCGAGGCAGGCUACUACUGUGAUUUGAGCCCAGCCAAUGUCUCUCUGCUCAGGCCUUGCCCUAAAGGACAUUACUGCCCUGCAGGUACUGCCCUGGCCAACCAACACCCCUGUCCAAUAGGCUCCUUCAACUGGAGACAGCGAGAGCACAGCCUUUCCAGUUGCGUGCCAUGUGCUGCUGGACAGUACUGUCCUUCUGUGGGACUGUCAGAGCCAGCAGGACCAUGCCAUGCUGGUUAUUGGUGCAGAGAGGGAGCAUCUUCUCCCAGCCCAUUGGAUGGACUCUCAGGGUCCCUGUGUCCUCCGGGUCAAUACUGCCCCUCAGGCACCACAGCUCCUCUGGCCUGCCCUGAGGGAAGCUGGUCAAACAGCUCAGGCCUGCGUAUCCAGGAGGACUGCAAACCCUGUCUGGGAGGAUUUUACUGUGACUCUGCUGGCCUCACUAAACCUAGUGGGCCCUGCAGUGCGGGAUAUUACUGUGCGAGGGGAGCCGUCACACCCACCCCUACUGAUGGGAUUACAGGGGGACCUUGUCCACAGGGCUCUUACUGCCCAGAGGGAACUAUUCAACCUGUGCCCUGUAACCCAGGGACAUAUGCUGCUGUUACACAUGCCAUUCAGUGUGAACCCUGUGUGCCAGGCUGGUACUGUGCGUCUGGCUUGCUGUACUUGUGUCCUGCAGGUUUGUGGUGUGCCAUGUUGUGUGCCCUUAAAACCACUUUGCUGAUUUUAUGA